UGACCCGAUCCGAUUUCUUCGACACGCUAACUAGUUAUGUACUUAGCUACUUCCUGCCCUGUUUCUUGAACAUCUCGAGGUCAAGUCCAACCAGUGAAAGCUGUUUCCACUGGGGAGCUCUUUCCCCAAUUUCCCCAGCCUCCAGUGUUGUUAUGGGGAAACACAAAUGGAGGGGUACAAGAUGGAGUCAAUGUAUGACCCCGUAGACCCCAUCUUUCUCCGCGAUGCUCCAGAAAUUCCAGCAGCAGAGGGAAACCAAACGAGUAUAUAGAGCGCAUAAUCCCCUCUCUGUUUCUUCUCGCUUCCGUCCCCAUUUUCCAUUGCCAAUCUGUGUAGAUUCCUAUAAUAAUGGCGCCUAUAAACAAUGAAGCAGGCAAUUCCGUUGAGGUGGAGAAUCAAAUGGCUCCAGCUGCCAUCGAUCCACCAGAAAAAAUCAACACUUCCCUUAUACAGAAUCCGUAUCUACUUGGAGUUGCGUGUGUAUGUACUCAAAAGGCCUUUUCAAGCCCCAAUAACUAAUCUGCAUAGUUUGCAUCCCUUGGAGGUCUGCUCUUCGGUUAUGAUCAAGGUGUCGUGUCCGGUAUUUUGACAAUGGAAAGUUUCGGUGCUGCAUUUCCAAAGAUAUUUUUGAACCCCGGUUUCAAAGGCUGGUUUGUUUCUACCAUCUUACUGAGUGUGUACUGGUAUUCAUCUUUGAAUGAGAUACAUAUCUAAUUGUUUCUAGCCGCUUGGUUUGGGUCACUCGUCAAUGGCCCUCUGGCUGAUAAACUUGGCCGGAAAAAGAACAUGAUCUUAGCCGUUAUCAUCUUCGUUGCUGGUUCGGCAGUUCAAGCUGGGGCUGUUAAUAUUGAAAUGCUGUUUGCAAGUAAUUUCUUGUUCUUUAGGAAGGGGCUCUAUUAACUUUAGACAGGUUGGCCGUGCCGUCGCUGGAUUUGCCGUAGGAAUGUUGACGAUGGUGAUCCCUCUUUAUAUUUCAGAGGUAUCUCAACCAGAGAUUCGUGGCGCUCUUGUCGUAUUGCAACAACGUGGGUUAACUCUGGAGUAUACAAACAUUCGACAUACUUACAAUAUACAGUCUCCAUCACGACUGGUAUUUUAGUCUCCUACUGGAUAGAUUAUGGUACCCACUACAUCGGUGGAAGCAGAUGCGCACCUGAAAUUCCGUACUCUGGCGGCACUUUGACUUCCCCAUCAUUUGAUCCAUAUAAUGAUGUGGGAUCCACUGGAUGUACUGGUCAAUCGGAUGCUUCAUGGAGAAUUCCAUUCGCCCUUCAAAUUCUCCCAGCCAUAAUUCUCGGUAACGGCAUGAUAUUCUACCCAGACUCUCCAAGAUGGUUGAUGAUGCAGGAAAAGGAUGAGCAAGCUAUUAGAGUCUUGUCGAAACUCAGAAGACUUUCUCCAGAUCAUCCCAAGCUUGUUGCUGAAGUCUUGGAAAUAAGGGCCUCUAUUCUUCUCGAAAAUGCUUUUGUAAAGGACCACUACGCUGGUUUGGCUGGCUUCAAGCUCCAUGUCGCCCAAUAUAUGUCUCUCGUCAACAACAAGGCAAGAUUCUGGAGAUUAUCGGUUGGAUGCUGCAUAAUGUUCUUCCAGCAAUUUAUCGGAUGUAAUGCCAUGAUUUACUACGCUCCAACUAUCUUUGCUCAAUUAGGACUCAGCGGAAACACCCCUUCGCUCUUAGCAACGGGUGUUUACGGCAUCGUCAACACAUUGGCCACAGUUCCAGCUGUACUUUUCAUCGAUAGAGUAGGCCGAAAGCCGCUUCUCAUGAGUGGAGCAGCCGGAACUUGUAUCUCCCUCGUCAUUGUCGGUGCAAUCAUCGCCGUUUAUGGAGAUACUCUUCCACAACACAAAGCAGCUGGUUGGGUCGGAAUUGCUUUCAUCUACAUUUAUGACAUCAAUUUCUCGUACUCCUUCGGUAAAUUCCCCUCCUCAAGUUACACUAAUAUAUAUUCUAAUGUCAUCUAGGUCCUAUCGGAUGGGUUCUCCCAUCUGAGAUAUUUACCCUCGCCAUUCGCAGUAAAGCGAUCUCAAUUACUACUUCAACUACAUGGAUGUGCAAUUUCAUCAUUGGACUUGUGACACCUGAUAUGUUGGCCACGAUUGGAUGGGGAACCUAUAUCUUCUUUGCUGCAUUUGCACUCCUGGCCUUCGGAUUUACAUAUUUCUUCGUUCCAGAAACUAGAGGAAAGGUAUGUUCUCACCGCUUGUGUCAAUACAUAAGACAUGAUGCUAAUAGUUUCAUUUUAUAGACUCUUGAAGAUAUGGAUUUGGUGUUUGGUGACACUGCCGCUCACGAGGAAAAGACGAGAAUCAUGCAGAUCGAGGCUCAACUUCGUGGGGUACAAGUUGAUGGGUCUAAUCCAGAGAAGUUGAUAACUGCUUGGAGUCAUAGUGAGGUUUAAGGGCUGGUAAUGAUAUAAUGAAUUAUGUCCAGGAUUAAGUAGACUUAUAUAUUCGGGUCUAUAGAAAACAUG